AUGCGGGCAUUGCGAGGCGCGAAUGCGAAUUGCGAGCACUGUGAGCCUCGUUUACUCUUCCAGGGAAAUAGAUAAGAUGAAGGAAGAACGGGAAAAAAGGGAGAAAUGAGUGCUCAACCAACUCAGCACGACUUCUGAUCGCGCAAUGUGCCCGACGCAUCGUCGCCGUUACGGGGAUGGAGGCCGAGGUCCGGGUGCCCACAUUCGAUCGAGUCUCGCGCCUCAAUGGUUUGUUAUUUCAACGCGUGAAUGACGUGUUGACGCUUCUGGUCUGACCGCAAGUCCGCGAUCCGAGUCUCGUGAACGCACCGGUGGUCAGCUAAACUAAUAAAUCAAUGCGCGUUGGUUCGACCGUUCUUAUCUGACCGAGAUGGACCGUGAGGACGCAGAGAUCAGGAGACACAGUAGUGUUUCGGGUGUCAAGUCAAUUAAUUAGACUAAUGUGAAACGCGGCGACGAGGACGCCCGAGAUUUCAUAAGUUUGAUUAGGCGAUCGUGAUGAUCGUGAUGUUGAAUGAAAAACGACGCAGUUGCUCGACGUAGCUCGUGAAGGAAAAAAGGGGAAACGCGUCGGUGGAGAGAACGUACAGAUCCGCAUGGAGUACGUCGUACUCGAGUCUUGCUCGGCUGCACAUUUAGCCGACCCGAUUCUAGUCAUCUGUUCUAGUCCAAAUGUUCAAAUGCCAAAAGUAUCACUCGUCGAUACCCCAAAUGCGAUAUGUCAACUUGCGGUAUAUCACCAUUGGAUAUCCUCCCACAUGACUGAACGUUCGAAUCAAUAGGGAACUGAAUUGAUAUCGAAAAGGGUAUUAUAGUUCAUGAAUACUUACAGGACACGUUGUAACGCGUUACGCAAUUGAUCCCGCAGAAUUUAGAUAUUAUUAUAUAUGGUUUGAUAAUCAAGUGCAAAGCGGCACACGAACGACAUGCUUGAAUGCUAUUGAGAUUUGAGACAUUUUGUAUAUUGGAUGUACUUCACUUUGUAUGGCUGCAAACGGAAAUGAUUACUUGUAAAUUAUAUAAUUUUCUAUUCGUUAAGAGCUUAUCCAUAAUUUGAAAUAUAGAAAGAAUAUUUUUGAGAGUUUUUCUAUGAUAUAUUUCAACGCAUCCUGCGACUAUGAUAAGAGAAUUUUUUUUAGCUAUAAUUAGAGACGUAUAAAAAUUGAUGAUGUAAUUUAACGAGCGAUUACGGAGAGGGAUAAUAUAAAAGGAUAUAAUCAGUGAUCUCGUGUUAAAUGCUGCGAGUAUUAUGGAUCAGAGUGAGGGAAAUAACGUCUCUAGCGUUUCAAAUAAGGCAGAGGUUUCUCCAAAAUCAAAACAGAAGAAAAAGUCCCUCUGUCGCAUGCUCAUGAAUAAAAAGACCAAGGUCGGCUGCUUGGAGUCCUCGUACAAAGACGGGGAUUCAAAUAGAAACUCCAAGAUAGAGAGCUCGCAGCAUGGAUCUCAAACUAGCACCAAACUGUCCCUGUGCUGUGCUAUGACUGAACGUAGCAGAACACCACCCCAGAGCUUAACCAUUAGCAGACUUUCCCCGAUGACGUUGAGUCAUACCUCGGUCAAAUCCGAGGUAGCUUCCAUCAAUGUGGAUCAUGAAACGGACGUACCAGUUGAGGAGGAAGAAAUGCAUGUUGCAAACGAUCAGGCCAAGGAUCAGGCUCAAGCAAUUCAAGAGACUGUAGUCAGAAGGAGUAAUGUAGCAAUGGGAAAGGAACAGCGUCCUACUACUUAUAUAGAAGACUCAACGGAAGAUUCGUUCGAAGAUUCUUCAGAAGAUGAAAAUGAACAUCUGAUUGAGUUUGAGAAAACUCAAAAAUACUUUAAGGAUGAGUACUUUACAAAGGGAAAAUAUAUCACUUAUUUCUUCCUGGAAAUGGAACGGCAGUUAUACAAUCCUACAGAUGUUUACAGUAUGGUUCAGUAUCAUAAUACUGAUUGCAAAAAACCAGAGAAAAAAGGUGAAUAUUCUUCCUCCGGAUCGCUAUCGCCGAGUAUAUCAGGACAAUUACGUCGUAGAUUGCUUCAUAGGAGAUCUGCGGAUAACUUGAUCGUAGACUCACCUACAAGCUCUAUGAGACAUUCUAGUCCAGAUUCUAUUAAAAGUGCACCGAUCCAGCAUAAGCCACGUUCAACGUCCCAUGAUGCUCUGUCUAAAAAGAAUCGUUACUUUCGUCAAACGACAGGAGCGUCUAUGGAUAGCUUGGCAAAGCAGUCAUUACUUGCUGCACAAGUACUUAAUUUAAUUCCUACUCAGAAAGCACGGGAAAGGAAUUUUCUUCAUGGAAGAAUCGCCGCCAAUUCCUUACUCGGACCAGUGGAACUUGAGAAAGUAUUGCCUAAUCGAGAAUUAAAAAUUUUUAUCGGCACGUGGAACAUGAAUGGUCAGACUCCGCCAAAGGAAUUGAACGAUUUUAUGUUGCCAUCCGACAUAGAGACUGUUCCCGAUUUGUUAGCUAUAGGAACACAAGAGUCAUGUUCCGAACGACAUGAGUGGGAGGCAGCUCUGCAAGAAACUGUCGGUCCUUCGCACGUGCUACUAACUAGCAGUAAUCUCGGUACACUUCACCUCGCAUUAUUUAUAAGACGGGACUUGAUUUGGUUCUGCUCUAUUCCGGAGGAGGAUAACUUUUCAACGAGAACUGGAACAGCAUUCAGAACGAAAGGCGCAGUGGCUAUAGCUCUCAUGAUAUUUGGCACUAGCUUUCUCUUUGUUACCGCUCAUUUGACCGCACAUCAAGACAAGGUAAAAGAACGGGUCAACGAUAUAAAGAGAAUCGUCAGAAAUCUUGAUCUACCUAAAGAGCUACCUAUCCGGCACAAAAGCAAAGAUGUAACUCAAAAUUUUGAUUGCGUGUUUUGGUGCGGUGAUUUAAACUUCCGUCUAGCUCAACCGAGAGAGGAGGUGAUUCAAUGGAUCACAAAUACAUGUUUUCCACAAGAAUCACCGAUAAACAUGCGCAAAGAUCAGUUGAAAAAUAUCCUAAACGAAGGCGCAGUGUUGCGCGGUUUCGAAGAAGCUCCAAUUAUGUUUCCUCCCACCUACAAAUACGAUCCGGGAACGCAGAAUUUCGAUUCUAGCAGCAAGCAACGCACUCCCGCGUACACUGACAGGAUUCUUUUCAGAGGGAAAGGUCACACCAGAGGAUAUAUUAGACGCGUUAGCCACGAGAUUUCUAGUUCUAAAGAUGGGGUUAUUGAGUGCUUGAUAUAUGAUUCUGUUCCAAGUAUGUGCACGUCGGAUCACAAGCCAGUCUGGGGAGUCUUUAAAACCACAUUGAGGCCGGGUAUCGAUACAAUUCCGCUCGGUGCUGGACUUUUCAAUCGUGAAGUAUAUCUGGAAGGUAUUAGAAGACGUGCGGCGGCGAUGGAUGAUUCUCUUGAAACUUCAAAAGUUUGUUCAAUUCAAUAAAGAAAUUAGAAGCUAUUGUGAGAAUGUAUCAGCAGAAUGGGUAAUGUACUAAUAGAUAAAGAUUUGUUUUUUUAUUAUAACAGGCAGUAUGAAAGAAUGAUCGCUUUAUACCAUUCUUACAAUAGAUGUCACAUUUCUUUUGUACGAUUUAUGUACUCUGUACGCUAAGUCUGUCCAUUUUUAUAGCGGUGACAAGAAAUACUUUUUUAGUAAGAUUUGUAUAAUAAAUUACAAUUACGAAUGAACACCGUAAAAGUCUAGUCAACCAGUGAAAUAAAUUACUCGUUUAAUGAAAUAAAAUCUAGAUGAGGAUUUUAUAAAUGUAUCGUCGAUAUAUUCAUAUUGUGCCACAGACAUUAGAGAGAUAAAAUAUUAUUUGGCUUUAUGUGGCCGACUUUGUCAAAAAAAAAAAUUACAAAAAAAUUACAUUCAUUUUGUAAC